AUGCUAGGCAUGAACCUGACCAGAUUUUACGGCACUAUUCCAGAUUCAUCAGUGGUGGAUGAAGCCGUUCGUCGCAGGCUUGCGCGCCAAGGUGAUGCUCGCGAUCUCGACGACAUUCCCGACAUUAUAUACAAUGAGAUGUUUCUCGACGCUUUCCCCCAAGUCAUGAACGACGAAGAGCCCGACCAUGAAUCAAUCGAACCGCAAAUAUAUAACCCACAAUCUUCAUCAUGGGAGCCUCACAGCAGCCAAGGUACCGCAUUCAAGAAGGGAGUUGUUUUGAAGAUUGCAUCUUGGAAAUUGUUUCCACCUACUUCAUACCUUGCAGCCAUUCGUGCCUCCGCCGCCAUCGCUCAUCUACGGGACGUGUUUGGCAAAAAGCCUCAUAACCUCGUGGUAAUGCUACAGGAAAUCAGAGAAGAGUCACUAGACGCUAUCCUGAGGCAUGAAUGGGUGCAACAAAAUUUCAUCAUCUCAGACACAGAGCCACCAUACCACGAGUUUGAUCUUGAUGAAGAAGAAGAAUCCGACCUGGAAUCGAGCCAAUGUUUCUCCAUUAUGAUGAUUUCGCGGAAUUUGCCCAUAUCAAACUGCUCUCGCGUCUCAUUUUUCUCUGAAACGAAUUGCGAUGCCCUUGUGGUUGACGUUCCCGUGUCCGAGUCCGAGGGCCCUGGUCCCCAAGUCUCAAAACAGUCACUUCGCCUAUGCACGACGCGCCUUGAGCCACACUAUGAAGACCCAGAUCGUCGUCGCUCUCAGCUUGUCACAGUCUCUGAGAUAUUGAAAGGCAAAUGGUCGCAGGGGCAAAAGAUCUUGGGCGGACUGGUGGGUGGCAACAUGGGUCCACUUGCUGCUGCUGAGAAACAUAUGCACCAAGAUCCUGAGAUAAGCUUGAUGGAUAUCUGGGAAGAUAGGCCAGCACCAGUACCACCAGCUGCGAAGCCCUCCAAGAAGAAUACACGUUCUGAAGCCAGAGCAGAUGCAUGGAUUUUCCACCCGGACAGGAAGAGGAAGGAAAGAAAGCUGGACAAGUUUCUCUACACAGGGCCCAUUGAGACGGUUACAUUUGAUGAAGCUCGAAAGAAAACCACCUUUGGAGGCGAGUUGAAAACAAAAGUUGAAGAAGAAGUAUUGGAAACAAAAAUUGGAUCGAAGAAGGUUCGGGUGAGCCAACAUGAAGGUAUCACUGUUAAUAUCAAGGUUGUCUAA